AUGUCCCAAGACAAAUUCCAGUGGACAAUAACCCACUGCACCGUCGCCGACGCCCCGGCCCUGGCCCACAACAACAUGAGCGCCUUCUGGACCGAUCCCUCUUGGCGACUGCUGUGGCCUAAGGAUAUAGAACUGAGCUACCUUAUUGACCAAUGCUCCCUUCGGUAUCCGCGCAGUCUGUCCCAGAACAGGCAGACUAUGCGUCACCAGAAGGCCAUUGAUCCCACUACCGGCGAGGUCGUGGGGUAUGCGCGAUGGGUGCUCCCGGAGGGCCUUGAUCAGAAUGCAGCUGGACGGGAAGGAGUCGCGUGGCCGGAUGCUCAGGUACCGCGUAUUCCUCAGGAAGAAGAGAAGGAAUUCGAGAAACGCGCGCUGUCAGCCUGGUGGUCGCCGAGGACCGACAUGGGGGCUAUGGAUGAUCAGAUCCAUGCCAUUGCGGAUAGGCAUGUCCGGGGGAAGGUGUAUAUCGAACUCGACUACCUCGCCGUCCACCCCUCACGAAAAGGCCAGGGUAUUGCCACUGCGCUUGUGCGGAGCGGGCUGGCCUUUGCGGAUAGCAUUGGGGUCCCUGUGCAGACGAUUGCCUUUCAUGCUGCCAGGGGGAUCUAUGAUCGCCUUGGGUUCAAGGAGGUGGACCGCGUGGUGCAGAGGCUUGAUCCGUAUGGUGGGCAGGGGGAGUAUACGACUUAUUUCAUGGUACGGGAAGUUUGUGGUGCUGCUAUCUGA